CAGAGGUACUUGAAUUCGUAAUGCUGAAAACCUGUUUAUGGGUAGCCAAACUCUUCUCUGGGUAUAGAAGGCCUUCUGCGUUAUAUUCCCAUAUAUAUUGUAUGGGCUGCCGACAUCAUGGGAACCUCCUUUCUAGGUUUGCCGACUAUCGGAAGUGUCACAGAGGGUCGUCUCUCUCGCCCUUGCCGUGGACCCCGUCUCGUCCUCUUCCUCUCGCUCAUGGCGGAGAAGAAGGGCUUCGAAGAGUUCGAGCCCAUUUUCCAGGAAAUUAAGGCGGACUGGGAACAGGAGAACGCCGGCGACGGCGGCGACGCCGAUCGCCGCCCUUUCCUCAUCUACGUCCAUGCCCUCGACUCCUCCCGCCUGGGUAUCGUCGCCACGGACUACCACUUCCACACCUGGGAGCGCGUCGUCCCCGUCCCGGAGCUCGAAGACCUGAGAGAUGACAUUGGAAUUGGUGGCACAUGGUCUGAGUUUGUUGAUUAUCUCUUAUCAUCUCUUUCUGCUGGGGAUGUAAAGCUUAUUAUGAGUGGUCAGCCAACCAGUGGUUCUGGUGCUACUCAUGCAAAAUUAAUAGCUCUCAAGUCAAAGGGAUUACCUCGCAUCUCAUUUUCUCUCAAUAGAGUCAUCAACUCAUCAGCUAAUGAUGCAAUGGCAGAUCUUGCUCUAUCACUUUUGAAAGCCUGCAAGAAGAAGCAAAAUGAAGUUGUAAGAGAACGAGAUCACUCAAUGCGGUUAAUGGGAAUCCUAUCAUCUGAAAGGGAGAGAAAUGAUAGCCUGCAGAAGCAGCUUGAUGCUCUUUCAUUUCUUAGUAAAAGGAAGGCACCUAAGUCAAAGACAUCAGACAAACCAUCCAUUGCUUCUGAUACCUGCAACAACUACGACUCGAUAUUAGCUUCUGAGAUGCAAGAAUCUUCAGAGAUACCAUCCACCAAGGAUUCUCACUCUGUGAAGAUUAGUCAACGAGCUGCUCCUGUGUCUCGCAGUUUGUACAGAGCAAAAGUAAGAGGUGUUUCCUUGCAAGAUAUUGGGGAUAUCGAUGACAACUAAUGCAUAACAGUUCCAAGAAGACGACAUCGUCGUAAAUGGGUCCCAACUUUUGAGUAAGUUAGAAGCUUGAAACAAAAGAAGCUGUCUCCACCUAAUUUGAUUCAAGUGUUUUUUUUCUAAAAAUAAUAUUUGUCCUUUGGGGAUAUCGAUGACAACUAAUGCAUAACAGUUCCAAGAAGACGUCAUUGUUGUAGAUGGGUCCCAACUUUUGAAUUUGCCAAGAUUUGCUGCUGUUGUAUGGAAAGCAUAUUUCUGGUGAGCGCAAGUUAUGUCAUCGACACAAGUUUCUCAAAAGUGUAUCUUUUAUUAUUUACCACAUCAUUGUACAAGGUAAUUUUAAAUAGAAAACAAGAACAGAAAAUGAAAUGAAAUCCUCUACAAGCCAUGCUCCUCUUUGCUGGCAGUUAUUAUAAUAAUAUGAGACUUUGCCCAGAAUUUAAACAACGAAUUUUAUAACUCCAUUCAC